AUGGAGGAGGACAUACGUGUGGUGGGGGCAGAUCCUAAAAACGCGGCGCCACAAUUGAACAAAGAUGUGAUAACUGUAGGAGCACAUGACACAGUCCCCUUGGAAUCAGUUGAAAGGAACAGCACGGAAGAAGUCGAUCCAGGCUCCGAUUCAAACGGUUUGACACAAAUGAAGGAACUAGCGUUGACCUGUCAACAGAGAGGAGUGGGAACAAGCGAAGACGGUGGGGGCAAGAGGGUAGAAGAGACGUCAUCUGAAGGUAGCAGCACAGAGGGUGAAAUUGGAGAUUACGGCGGCGAGGUUGCAGAGGGUAUGAUGUUCAGGACAAGAGAGGCUUUCAAACAACAUAUGGCAGUCUAUGCGCUGAACAGAAAAUUUCGCUACCGAUGUCCUAAGUCUGAACCAGGAUUGAUGAAGAGCGUGGCGGCUACCAAAGUCAAGCAACAACAUCGGUUUGGUGAGCUUAUGAGGAGCAAGUUUGGCGGUGCUUCUGGUGGACCAAAACCGCGUGAGAUCCGGCAGAUGAUGCGUGGUGACCAUGAUGUUAAUAUUUCUUAUUGUAAGGCUUGGCGUUCCAGGGAUGUAGCCAUUGAUAAAGCGAAAGGUACUACACAGACAUCAUACACUCAACUCCCCGAGUAUCUACAGAAACUGGUAGCUGCUAAUCCCGGAACGCUUACUGAACUAUAUACGGAGGCAGUAGAGGGUGGUGGUGAGCGUUUCAAGUAUAUGUUUGUUGCUUUGGGAGCGAGUAUACAGGGGUACGAGUUUAUGAGGAAAGUUGUGGUAGUUGAUGGAACCCACCUAAAAGGCAAGUAUGCUGGCUGCUUGCUAACUGCGUCAGCACAAGAUGACAACUACCAAAUAUUCCCGGUAGCAUUUGCUAUUGUUGACAGUGAAAACGACUUGUCAUGGGAGUGGUUUUUUCAAAAACUAUCAGCAUUCGUGGAGGGCAAUGAGGCUUUGGUGUUUGUAUCGGACCGUCACGCUUCUAUCUACAAAGAUCUUAGCAAGGUUUAUCCUAUGGCCAGUCACUGUGUCUGCGUUGUUCAUCUAAAGAGGAACAUACGUUCAAAUUUCAAAGGACGUCACUUAGAGUACCUUGUAGCAAAGGCUGCUAGGACUUUCCGCUUGCAAGAGUUUUAUACCACUUUCAAUGAGAUCAAGACGAUUGAUCCUGCGUGUGCAGAGUAUCUUCUCGAGAUUGGGGUAGAGCAUUGGGCUAGAUCGCAUUUUGCGGGAAAUCGUUACAACAUCAUGACGAGCAACUUAGCCGAGUCCUGGAAUUCUGUUCUGCGUGAGGCGAGGGAGUAUCCAGUAAUACCUUUGAUUGAUUUCAUUCGUAGCAAGUUAACUGGAUGGUUUACAACUCGGAGAGCGGCAGCAAAGGGGAACAACGCUGGGCUCACACCAAAGGUUUCGGGUAUUAUAACCGCAAAUUUUGAAAUGACGGGUGGGUAUGAAUUACUGGCAUUGGUGAGGGCGAGUUCGAGCUGUUACGAGUUUCAGAUGCUUUCCAUACCAUGUUCACAUGCAAUUGCUGCUGCAAUUGAAGCAAAGGUCAGCGUGGAAUCUUUGGUAUUGCUAGCGUACAAAAUGAGUGAGCUCAGGGGCGCAUAUGCUGGGAGUGUGGCGCCUGUGCCAGAUUACAAUGGUCUGGCGGAGUUGGAAUCAGAUUUUAGUGGUGUGCGUCUGUAUCCUCCAACAACUAGACGCCCUCCGGGGAGGCCAAAAAAGCAACGUUUCUUCUCUCGAGGGGAAAAAAUUGUGAGCCUUGUUUGA